GAGUUGACUUGAUUGACCAGGCACUGGAUUUACUUAAAGAUUUUUUUUUAGAAAAGGAAGAGGAGCGAAAAGAAAUGGAAAAACAAAAGGAAAGCGAAAUGAAAGAAAAUUUCUAUCAGAAAAUUAAAAGUCAACUUUUAGCAAAAGGCCUUGUAGUUGCCGACCUUCAAAAGAAUAUCAGAGAGGAAAAUGUUGAUGCGAUUGCAGAGCUCAUUGGAAAGGAUUGGUAUACGUUUGGUAAAUAUAUGAAAGUAGAGGAGAGCACACUGGAUCAUAUUAAAGAAGUGGGAGGAAGCAAACUAGGAAGGAAAAAGAAGCUGCUGGAAUAUUGCAUUAGUAAAAAACUCCGUUAUGAAGAUAUAAUAUAUGGGCUGUACAAUUCAAGUGAUGAGCAUAACCCUUCCAUCAAUGGUGUUCUUGAUUAUCUUUUGACACAGAGAGAAUCAGAAGAUCCAAAGUCUAAUGAAAGACAAAGUUCAAAACAAAGAAGGCCAAGAAGCAAGCUGCUUCAACAACAAGAUGUCCCAUGGCAAGCAAUAUUUGAAGAACGACAAUUAAAUCAACCAAAAUUGACAAAGUCACAAGGUCAUUUGACGCCUGAAACCUAUGCAGAUCAUUUCUUUGAGAUGUUGUGGCUGGAAGAAAAUGAGCACAUGAAAAAGCUUGAGGAAAAAUGUGAUGGUGCAAAUUAUAAGCUUACAAUAUAUGAUAGCCAAAAUGUUCCACUUCAUCUUCUUCAAAAUCCCCUCUCUUAUUACGGUUAUAUUUCUGAUAAGGAGUUCACUGAUGACAAAAUAGAGUAUGCCACACAAGCAAGUGAUAGAGUUACAAUUGUUGGAAGAGAUGGUAUCUUUGUGGCAUAUAAGCAUUCAUACAACUUCAAUCAUCUUGAAAACCGCAUGUACAUUGUUGCCCAUAAUACUCAAAAAAUUCUACAAGCAUUAAGAAGAGGUUCUAAAGUUGAAGAUGGACGUGAGAUUAAUGUCCGUGCUGAGUUUGAAGUUAAGCAUUCUUACUUUGAUCACCUUCAGCAUGCAGUAGUGAUAGCUCCAGAUUACAUAAAGCGAUGUCUCCUACCUGAUGCCAUGUCUUUUAGCAGCUUGUUCCUCAUGUUUGGUUUGCAAUAUUCUAGAUCCUUCUUCAUGAAACUAGAUGAAAAUAACCAGCUGAAAGCUCUAAGGAUGAUCACAUCAGAUUCAUCUCAACCCUCACCUUUAGCAUGCCCUCCUCCUGUUAUUCUUUAUGGUCCAUAUGGCUCUGGUAAAACUCGAAUUCUU